GAGGACCUCGCCGGAGCUGCUCCAGCAUGAACAUCGGCUGGACUCCAGGCUCGCACACCCGCCGAUGGGGGAAAGUUCUGAGUCACCCAAAGAACCACCAUUGGAGGUGGUUCUUCGAUCACGCCCACCCCGCAUUUCCUGACCAAAUGCGUCUCAUGUCUCGAUGGAGGAAUCUUUUCCCCCGUGACACCCUUCCAAGAUGCUAAUGGCAGAGACAAAUGAGCCCUGUGUAUAUUAACACCGUCAGCCACCCGCCCCGCCGGCCGGCCAGAACGGACCAGAGGACAGACCAGAGCAGAGCAACACAGACACCGGCGAGACUUGCGACUGGCGGCUGGCGAGAGAUUUUGCGCUGGCUGUUUCGGCCGCCGAGUGCCGAGGCUCAACGCAGCUGGCGGCGGCUCUCCGAGAUCGCCCGACUCGCAGCUUUCCCGACGGGAAUGUCACGUGUGAGUAUUAUGUCACAUGAUCUAGUGCUACGGACGUUUUCCGGGCGCAGGAAGCGAUGCACUUCAUUCCCCUUGCAUCUAGCAUCGUGAGCUCUGGGCUCUAGAUCCAGGAGCUACCAGGGGAAGAGAGCAGGGAUGUCGUCUACUUAUAUAACUUAUGAUUCCGCCAAAGCUCCAGCUGGAGGGUUUGUAUUGUCUAUUUCAGGAAUUUUCUUAGUCGUCGCUUCGAAGUGCGUGUUUCUGAAAAUGGGUGAGAGGGUUUUGAGAAAGCCAAACCCUGAGACAAAAAAGAACUGGAAGAAUAGAAAGGGGGCCACAGGUCUUAUACACGUUUCGCCCAGAACCUGCUUCCUAAACAGUUACGCUUGAUCAUGGAGCUUGACGGGAUUCACGAAAGGGAUAUUGAAGGGCCCCCUUAUGGCCCGAAACCUUAAAAAGGGUUGCAAGAUUUGGGUGGAAACCACAGGUAUGCCCUACGAAGUACUCCG